AUGGUGAAUGAAUAUAAGAGAAUUGUUCUUCUGAAAGGUCCUGAAUGUAUCAGUAAGCAUAAUUUUAGCUUAUUUAAGUCAGUGCUGGCCAGUGAUUUAAGUCUGGGAAGAGACAACCAAGAGAAAUAUACCACGGCUCAGAUUGCUGACAUCAUGGAAGAGAAAUUCCCAGCUGAUGCUGGAUUGGGCAAACUGAUCAAGUUUUGUGAAGACUUACCAGUUCUUAAAAAACGUGCUGAAAUUCUUAAAAAAGAGAGAUCAGAAGUAAUAGGAGAAACAUCACUGGAAAUAAAUAAGCAAGAAGCAGGUCCAGCAACACCUACAUCAACUACAAGCCACAUGUUAGCAUCUGAAAGAGGGGAGACUUCCACAGCUCAGGCACGGACUUCUACAGCCAAGGUGAGCCUGUGGAACAGUGGUGGGCUGGCAGUCCAGACAGGCAGAGGUGACUCCUCUUCCCCCUGCUCAGGCUAUCAUGAACUCACUAAAAGAAAAGGUAUGAUGAAAGAAAAGACUGGAGUGAAGAAAAACAAGGUGUCUAAGGAACCAGAUCAGCCUCCCUGUUGUGAAGAAACCACAGCCAGGUGCCAGUCACCAAUAAUCCACAUCUCAUCGUCGGCUUCAUCUACCAUUCCUUCGGCUAAGAACCAAAAAUCAAAACCCCAGAACCAGAACAUUCCCAGAGGUGCUGUUCUCCAAUCAGAACCCCUGACAGUGAGGGUGCUCACUGCAACAGACCCAUUUGAAUAUGGAUCACCACAACAUGGAGUAAAGAACAUGUUUCAUGCCACAGUGGCUACAGUGAGCCAGUAUUUCCAUGUGAAAGUUUUUAACAUCGGCUUGAAAGAGAAGUUCACAAAAAAGAAUUUUAUCACCAUAUCCAAUUACUUGGAGAGCAAAGGCAUCCUAGAGAUCAGUGAGGCUUCCUCUGUGUUAGAGGCUGCUCCUGACCAAAUGAUUGAAGUGCCCAACAGUAUUAUCAGAAGUGCAAAUGUCAGUCCUAAGAUCUGUGAUAUUCAAAAGGGUACUGCUGGAGCAGUGUUCUAUGGAUUGUUUAUGUUACACAAGAAAACAGUGAACCAAAAGAACACAAUCUACGAAAUAAAAGAUGGUUCCGGAAGUAUAGAAGUGGUGGGGAAUGGAAACUGGCACAACAUCAGCUGUAAGGAAGGAGAUAAACUCCAACUCUUCUGCUUUCACCUGAAAACAAUUGACAAGCAACCAAAGUUAGUGUGUGGAGAGCACAGUUUCAUCAAGACACCAAGGAGAGGAAAUGCACCAAAGGAACCUGCUAAGGAAGAAGGUCACCAUCAAGUUCCCAAACAAGUGAUGGUGUUGAAAGUAACAGAACCAUUUACAUAUGAUCUGAAAGAAGAUAAAAGGAUGUUUCAUGCUACAGUGGCUACUGAAACUGAGUUCUUCAGAGUGAAGGUUUUUGACACUGCUCUAAAGAGCAAGUUCAUCCCAAGAAAUAUCAUUGCCAUAUCAGAUUAUUUUGGGUACAAUGGAUAUCUGGAGAUACACAGAGCUUCCUGUGUGUCUGAUGUGAAUGUUAACCAGACAAUGGUGGUCUCAAAUACACUGAGGCAAAGAGCUAAUGCAACUCCUAAAAUUUCUCAUCUUUUCUCACAAGCAAAGGGGACAUUUGUGAAUGGAGAAUACUUAGUAAUUAAGAAAACUGAGAGGAAUAAAUUCAUUUACUAUGGAAUUGAAGAUAAUACAGGGAAAAUGGAAGUGGUAGUUUAUGGACGACUCACCAAUGUCAGGUGUGAACCAGGCAGUAAACUUAGACUUGUCUGCUUUGAAUUGACUUCCACUAAAGAUGGGUGCCAGCUGAGGUCUGGAAGGCACAGUUACAUGCAGGUCAUCAAUGCUAGAAGGUGA